GGACGGGCAGCUGCGGCAGCUGCUGCUGUGGCUCAGGCGGCGGCGGCGCGGCGGCGGCGGCAGAGGGGGCUCCGGGGUCGGACCAUCCGCUCUCCCUGCGCUCUCCGCACCGCGGCUUAAAUGAUGUAUUUUGUGAUCGCAGCGAUGAAAGCUCAAAUUGAAAUUAUUCCAUGCAAGAUCUGUGGAGACAAAUCAUCAGGAAUCCAUUAUGGUGUCAUUACAUGUGAAGGCUGCAAGGGCUUUUUCAGGAGAAGUCAGCAAAGCAAUGCCACCUACUCCUGUCCUCGUCAGAAGAACUGUUUGAUUGAUCGAACCAGUAGAAACCGCUGCCAACACUGUCGAUUACAGAAAUGCCUUGCCGUGGGGAUGUCUCGAGAUGCUGUAAAAUUUGGCCGCAUGUCGAAAAAGCAACGAGACAGCUUGUACGCAGAAGUACAGAAACACCGGAUGCAGCAGCAGCAGCGAGACCACCAACAGCAGCCUGGAGAGGCCGAGCCGCUGACUCCCACCUACAGCAUCUCGGCCAACGGGCUCACGGAGCUUCACGACGACCUCAGCAGCUACAUCGACGGGCACACCCCCGAGGGCAGCAAGGCAGACUCUGCCGUCAGCAGCUUCUACCUGGACAUACAGCCUUCCCCGGACCAGUCAGGUCUUGAUAUCAACGGAAUCAAACCAGAACCAAUAUGUGACUACACACCAGCAUCAGGCUUCUUUCCCUACUGCUCUUUCACCAAUGGAGAGACGUCCCCAACUGUGUCCAUGGCAGAACUAGAACACCUUGCACAGAAUAUAUCUAAGUCACAUCUGGAAACUUGCCAAUACUUGAGAGAAGAGCUCCAGCAGAUAACGUGGCAGACCUUUCUGCAGGAGGAGAUUGAGAAUUACCAAAACAAGCAGCGGGAGGUAAUGUGGCAAUUGUGCGCCAUCAAAAUCACAGAAGCUAUACAGUAUGUGGUGGAGUUUGCCAAACGCAUUGACGGAUUUAUGGAACUGUGUCAAAACGAUCAAAUUGUGCUUCUCAAAGCAGGUUCUCUGGAGGUGGUAUUUAUCAGAAUGUGCCGUGCCUUUGACUCUCAGAACAAUACCGUGUACUUUGAUGGGAAAUAUGCUAGCCCCGACGUCUUCAAAUCCUUAGGUUGUGAAGACUUUAUUAGCUUUGUAUUUGAAUUUGGAAAGAGUUUAUGUUCUAUGCACCUGACUGAAGAUGAAAUUGCAUUGUUUUCUGCAUUUGUCCUGAUGUCAGCAGAUCGCUCAUGGCUGCAGGAAAAGGUAAAAAUUGAAAAGCUGCAACAGAAAAUUCAGCUAGCUCUUCAACACGUCCUACAGAAGAAUCACCGAGAAGAUGGAAUACUAACAAAGUUAAUAUGCAAGGUGUCUACAUUAAGAGCCUUAUGUGGACGACAUACAGAAAAGCUAAUGGCGUUUAAAGCAAUAUACCCAGACAUUGUGCGACUUCAUUUUCCUCCAUUAUACAAGGAAUUGUUCACUUCAGAAUUUGAGCCAGCAAUGCAGAUUGAUGGGUAAAUGUAUCACCUAAGCACUUCUAGAAUGUCUGAAGUCCAAACAAUGAAAAACAAACAAACAAACAAACAAAUUAACCGAGACACUUUAUGGCCCUGCACAGACCUGGAGCGCCAACACACUGCACAUCCUUUGGUGAUCGGGGUCAGGCAAAGGAGGGGAAACAAUGAAAACAAAUAAAAGUUGAACUUGUUUUUCUCAUGCAUAUGAUUUCCAUUAUGCCUACAGAUACGGACCCUUUUUCUGUCUCGACUUCUUGAUCAUUGACCUCUGUUUACAACAGAAGGCGGGUACUAAGGUCAGAGGAUGUCCUUUUUUUGUAGCUCACUGCCCACAGACUUUCUGCAUCUGUCGGUAACAACAGAGAGUCCAGCACUAAUCGGUGACUGGUGUGCAUAGCGGAGGUUGCGGCAUUACUUUGCACAACUUGCUGUUUGUCUCAUGAAGGAAGUUUUUAUUUUUUCACCGAUUAUUGCCAGUCAGCAGGAUGGCACGAAAAGGGUCCAUAGCACUAGCAACAAUAGCAUUAUAAUAUAUUACAGGGUAAAUGGGCAUGAAGACUAUAUAUAGCUAAAAGAGAUAUUGUUUAUAUAUUGUUUUAAUUAAUAUAAAAUGUAGUUACUGGUGUAGCUUUUCCUGUUGAAUUGAUAAGGCACUUUCAUUUUGCACCUUUUUUCUUUAAAUUAAAUGCUAGCGUGUUCACUGUCGUGUCGCAUGUGCACCAGAAACACAAGUUUAACUGAGAAGGCUUGGAAGGUACGUCGGGAGGUAUUUAUGCUGCUGUUUACACAAUUACUUUUAAAAGACUGGCUGGUCAUAUCUAGAAAUCACGCUGUUGGAUUAAUUUUUUUUUUUUUUUUUACACAUGAAUUUGGAAUUAGAAACAGAACUCUCCCUAAAUUGUACUUUGCUUUUGGGUCAGUUUAAGGAUAGAUGUGUUUAUGCUUCAUACAAAGUUGAGUGAUUGAUUGAUUGGUGCUGGGGACUUACACCCUCGUGCACAGUAUUUUUUCAAAGCUUUUGAAAAUGCCACCUCACUGAGGCAGGGGAAGGGAGGCUCAUUUUGCACAGCUGCGUAGUUAUAUGGACUCAGCCUCAACUUGGAGUUCUUAUGCUUUACGAACAGAUCAGUAACCAGAAUAUUUAUCAGAAUCUAGUUUUUAUUAGAAGAAGGACCCAAAGAUUAUAUCUGGAGCAAAUGCACACUCCCCAUGUGAAAACAUGAAGCAUUUACUUUGUGAAUGUUUAUGUUCUUGGUAUAAUCUAGGAACCCUGAGAGUUUAUCUCAGAGUGAAUGGUUUCUAGACUGCCUCUAGAUGGUGUCAUUCUAGAACACUGUGUUCUCCAUAUUUCAUAGUCGAUGGAUAGGAGGGCAAAGGAGGCGUGCGAUGUUGAACCAGUUUCUCUUAUUUAAAUAUUAACUAUUUUAAGCCUUUAAAGUGAAGUCGAUGCAAGCUGCAAACAUUUACUUUUGUAUUUAUCUUCACUAGAAAACUGUGGACUGUAAUUUAUUUUAUUAAAUCUUUAGAAGAUUGUUUGGCUUUUGUGUUCAGGUAAGAAAUAUUGAGUUGUUUUUGUUUAAUUUUGUGGCUUUUUUUUUUUUUUAAUAAUUCCCAGUGGGGGAAGGGAGAAGGAACAGUCUGAUAGACAAGUGUGCACAUUUUAAAAUAAGUGACCUUUGGGAAUGUAGGCAUUUAGAUGAUGAUUUUAGUCACACUCGGAGUGGGAUUCAAACUUCUGGUCUGCCAUCGAAGACCAUGUUUGUACAGAAAAGAGAACAUUUCCCAUAGUGUAAAGGUGGGAGUUUCCAAGCAGCCCUUUACAGCGAAGAAAGCAUCUCCCCUACCACCAGGGUCCCUCCCAAAUCUUCUGCAGGAAUUCGGCUCCUGCUGUCGUGCUGGGUCAUCAAGCACGAGUUUCCCAGAGCCUUCUACUCUGUUUUUAACUGCACUGGCUUUCUGACUUGUUUCCUGAGGGACUUGGAAACGGGGAAGGAAUUAUUCACACCGAAGUGUGUAUGAAGCCUAAAUGACAUCUAAAAAAUUGUUUUUUCAAAAAUAUAGUAAGGGUUUCGCCAUAAAUAGAAGACGAGAGUAAUACUUACUUAAAUUUCUUACAAGCAUAUAAAACUUUAUGUGACUUUAUAUAGAGAGGUAACUAUCAGCAUAUAGUAUUUAUAUUUGGGCAAGAAGGGUUAAAUCAAAUUUUUUAUUUAAAUAAGCAUAGUUCCUUGAAAGAUCAAUAGUAUUUAUACUCUGAAAAGAGUACCAAGCUUAGUUCGGUUAUUUAUUUAUCCUUUUUUUUUUUUUUCCUGUUGUUUCUCCUUUGGGGGGAAAUGGUGUGUUUUUAUUUUGGUUUUGGUUUGUUUUUUGUUUUUGUUUUUUGGUCAUUCUGAUUCACUAAAUUUGGGGAUGGUUUUAUUAAAGUCUAUUAACUUCUUUUUAACCAAAGCUUUCUGAAUAUGACCAGCCUCAGGUGCUAGCGCGUUAAAGAGCAACUAAACCUAAUUCCAGUGUCCAUUUGUGAAAUGAUGAGAGCUAAUUGAACUUCUCUGAGGGUGAGAGAGAACGCAACGUUGAACUUAAAUUCCUUUUCCCCGGAAAGGAUUUUGCAUGUACCUAAUGCAAAAAAAAAAAGCUCUAAUCUCAGUAAUAGUCACACCAUGGUGACAUUGCUUUUAGAGUAAACCAAGAUACAUUGACAUGAUGCUGCUACUAGGUCUUUGUGAAAGAAAAACAGGGUGUGAGACUUUAAGACUAAGUACAUCGACAGUGUAGGAACAGAGUAGAGAGUAAUAGAGGCGUGCUAGGUGAAAUGAGGGAACAACUAUUAUUCGGAUCGACGUUGGGAUCUGAAGUUAAACAAUAAUCUCUGUUGAAAAAAAUAUGAGGUACAGAGAAGGAUGUGAAAAACUUCGUAUUUUUAUUUUCUUCCUUAUUAUAGAAACACCUGUGUGAUGACACAAAAUACUUGGUGAUAUAGAACAAUUAUUAUUAAUCGUUCUUAUAAUUAAAAUUUCCUAAACUUAAAUGUGCAACAGUCUUUUAAAGAUUGGAAUCACAUCAUUGUUAUCCCGGCUGCUGUAAUGCCUUUUAUACAUUUUUUAACAUAGGGUAAAUAAGGCUUUUGCACAGAGCCUGAAUACCUUCGGUUACAGUGGUGUCCAAAUGAUUGCAUUAUAUUGUGAAGAAACUGGCCGUGGUCACAAUGAAAUCAAAAGUGCAGGUGAAAGUGCUUUUGGGGGCAGUUUGCAAAUUGUGGUUAAAGCUACGGAUUUUUUUUUUUAAGUGUUCAGCAUCCCAGUUUGCUUUAAAGGUGUGGGUUUUUAUUUUAAGUCUUCAGCAUCCUAAUUCACCCUUUCUAACUUAAAGAAAACACGACUUAAGACACUGCUUCUAAGUUUGGUUGUUCUUUAUAGUGUGGAUAUUCAGAUCUCUGUGAGUGUAUGGGGGUGGGCUGAGGGUCAGAUGAGGAGGGAGCGUGUGUGUGUGUGUGUGUGUUUAUGUCUGUGUGUAUGGUUUUCGUGUGUAUGAUGUGUGUGUGUCGAACCGCUUCUAGGCUACUAAGUGUCAAUGGAAAAGAAAAUGUAUUCAAAAUACUUAAAUCAAAACUAGAAGAUGGGGAAAAAAAAGAUUUAUUCUAUACAAAGCCUUGUCUGGACCACUUUAGAGAGACUUCUAUUUUUUUAACCCUUCUAUAAAUAUUUGAUGGCACUUGAAAUAUUCCUGCAAUAAAAUGUGAUUUGUGUAAAGGAAAAAAAAAAAAGAUUUUGUAAUGUGAAACAAAGAAAGAAAGUAAUGUAAUUUUCUAAAAAAAAAAAUACAAACAAACAAACUUUGUAUUAUUUUCUUGAUGGAAUUUGUCUAUCUGUCUUUGGAAAACUUUUUAUUUCAUUGAAUGUGCCAUUGUAGAAACACGUGUUUUUAGUUUUAGACUUAAGGAAUAACUGUUUGCGUUCCGACAUUCCAAAAUGCAAAACAACCUAGUAGAAUCUUUAAUGAAAAGGUUUAAGUAGGAUGUAAGCUUCUCUCAUUGUUGCUUUUUUGCACAUGUUCUUCAUUCCUCUCUAGUGCAAUAUGUACAUAGAGCACUUGCGGGUGUACCUUGAUCCCUCAGGGAAAAAUACAUAUUUGUACAGUUUUUUUUGGUUUUGUUUCUUGUUUUGUUUUUUUGUGGGUUUUUUUUGCCUUUUGUUUUUGGCUAAGGAAUGUCGACUGAAUCACUUGUUAUUGUUGAGGGGCAGCCAGAUAAUAAUCCUAAAGCCACUGUUUCAAACAUUGAUUGUUUAAAUCAUGUGUCCUUCCAGUGCUAUUAUUUGAAGAUAAUAAUAAUAAAAAGUUAUUUUCUGACA